UGUGUUCAUUUGAAUGAAAGGAAAUUCAAAUGCAAUGAAGAAAAUUGUGGCAAAAACUUUUCAUUAAUUCAGAGUUUAAUUCACCACAAACGCAUCCAUUCGGGAGAAAAACCAUUUAUUUGUGAUUUUAUUGAUUGUAACAAAAGUUUUAGAAAAAGAAGUAAUUUAAUGGAUCACAAAAUUAUACAUUCAAAUGAUGUGACAAUUUAUAGUUGUUUUUGGCCUAAAUGUCAGUAUAAGACAAGAAAUAAGUGGAGUUUUAAAACACACGAAUUAAAUCAUUCAGAAUUA